AACCAUUAAUAUCAUCAACAUCCAUCCAUCUAUAUCUUAUUCUUCUUUUCUCUUGCAUGGUGAAACCUUUUCCAUGGCCAAAAGAUCACACUCACAGCUUCGAACCCAGAAAAACAAUGCGACCAACAUUGCCAAUAAUCUUAAUGCAACCAACACUGUCCCCACCAAGGUCAAACGAACAAGGAGAAGUGUCCCCAGAGACUCCCCUCCUCAACGCAGCUCCAUAUACCGAGGAGUCACUAGGCACCGAUGGACUGGUCGCUACGAAGCUCAUUUAUGGGACAAGCAUUGCUGGAAUGAAACACAGAACAAAAAAGGACGACAAGUUUACCUUGGUGCUUAUGACAAUGAAGUGGCAGCAGCACAUGCUUAUGAUCUAGCUGCACUAAAAUACUGGGGUCAAGAUACCAUUCUUAAUUUUCCGUUAUCAAACUAUCUGAACGAACUGAAAGAAAUGGAGGGUCAAUCACGGGAGGAGUAUAUUGGAUCUCUGAGGAGGAAAAGCAGUGGUUUCUCUCGAGGGAUUUCUAAAUACAGAGGGGUUGCAAGACAUCAUCACAAUGGACGGUGGGAGGCUCGGAUUGGCAAAGUUUUUGGCAAUAAAUAUCUUUAUCUGGGAACUUACGCUACCCAAGAAGAAGCUGCUACGGCCUAUGACCUCGCAGCUAUAGAAUACCGUGGACUCAAUGCUGUCACCAAUUUCGAUCUCAGCCGCUACAUCAAGUGGCUUAAGCCUAAUAACAACACCAACAAUAAUGACCAGAUUAGCAUUAAUCUCAGUGACAUGAAUAACAAUUGCACCAGCAGCAACUUCACCCCAAACCCUGAUCAAGAACAAGAGCAAGAACUAAGCUUCCUCCACAACCAGGAUUCAGUGAAUACUGUUGUAGAAGAAGCCACAUCGGUGACACAUCAGCCCCGUGCAUCAGGUGCCACGUCAGCAUUGGAGCUUCUGCUUCAGUCAUCAAAGUUCAAGGAAAUGAUGGAGAUGACAUCUGUGGCCAAUAUGUCGACACAGAUGGAGUCUGAGUUGCCACAGUGUGCGUUUCCUGAUCACAUUCAAACGUACUUUGAGUAUGAAGAUUCCAACAGAUAUGAGGAAGUGGAUGAUCUCAUGUUCAAGUUCAACGAGUUCAGCUCCAUUGUGCCGUUUUACCACUGUGACGAGUUCCAGAGUUGAAGUGAAGUUUACAUAAUCAAUGCAUGCAGACAACAAAAUAUUAUAUGUUUGUUUAUUUGUUUAAUUGGUCCAUUAUAUGUGUUAAAGACUACUCUGGAAUCUUCUGUCGAGUUUAAGGUUUUCGAAGAGGGUCACCAGUCAC